AUGGCUAGUCACAAGCUUGCCACCUUGGCUUUGCUUCUAGCAUUGGUUGGUUGCGUGGCCCACACAUGCCAAGCGAGCUAUGGGCAUCCCUACCCGUUGUCGGCGCCCAGAAAGAGCACUCCUCCUUCUGCCCCGGCACUCAACUACGCUUACUACUACAAAACUUGCAAAGGAGCUGAGAAGAUCGUGAGGGACGUUGUGCAGACGGAGAUUAAACGCAACCGCGGCAUCGGCGCCGGGCUCAUCCGCCUCUUCUUCCACGACUGCUUUGUUCAGGGCUGUGAUGCAUCGGUUCUCCUUGACAAGACCCAGUCGAGUGAACAAACGGAGAAGUUCGGCCUCCCUAACAUGGGGAGAAGCCUUCGCGGGUUUGAAGUGAUCGACAAGAUCAAGACUAAGCUCGAGGCCAAGUGCAAGGGUGUCGUCUCUUGCGCGGAUAUUGUCGCAUAUGCUGGGCGUGACGCCACCUACUUCCUCAGCAAUAAGAAGGUAUACUUUGAAAUGCCAGCCGGCCGCUACGACGGACGUAUUUCUUCUGCGAACGAGACCCUCUUCAACCUGCCCCCUCCUUUCGCCAAUGUCGCGAUGCUCGAGGCUAUGUUUGCAGCCAAGGGGCUCAGCCUCGAUGAGAUGGUCACCCUAUCCGGUGCGCACACUAUUGGGAUCUCCCACUGCUCGUCCUUUGGUGACCGUCUCCCGCGCAACGCCUCGGACCCAAUGGCCAUGAGCUCUAGGUUUGCCAAAUCAGUGACAAGGAAGUGCAAGAGCGGUAGCUCUACGGUGGAUCAGGACAUCUAUACCCCAAACACCCUGGACAACCGUUACUACAAGAAUGUUCUCAACCAUGAAGUGUUGUUUACAUCAGACGCCGCGCUCGAGUCGUCCAAGACAAAGUAUUUGGUGAAACAAAACUUGAAGCCUUAUGUGUGGGAGGCAAAGUUCAAGCAAGCCAUGAGGAAGAUGGGCGGCAUCGGGGUGAAGACCAAAGAUAAUGGGGAGAUCAGAAAGAACUGUCGCCUUAUCAACUAG